AUGGGUGAUGCAGCGGUUGCUGCAGCAGCAUCAAUUGGGUACAUUGGUGUUGGUCGACAUCCAGUGACCGAAAUGAUAUCUUCAGUCGACUUAAUAGAGGAGCAAAUAUGUGUUGCUGUGGGUGAAAAACUCUUUAUGACACAGGUUGAUGUAUUAGAGAAUAUUAGACCUGAAGUUGUAGAAGAUACACGUGAAGUGGAAAACAACUUCCUUGGUGCCCGAGUUCUUAUUGAUUUACAUGAAUUGAAGUUUGGAGUUGUGACAUUGCAUUCAUGUAAGAAGUUUGAUUAUUUUUUAGUUUAG